AUGCCAAAAAACAUCAACUUGGUCGACUACAACUCGACAACAGCCUUCUGGACCUUCUUGAUCUACUGCCUGGUCGUGGUAUUCGUCGCCGUCUUCUUCCUCUUCUUCGCCAGCAGAGUCUUUGCCCAACUCCUCUCCAAAUUGAUCCGAUGGUUCACAUGGCGACACAUGAAGGCCUAUAUCGAGUUUGAGUCGUUGCAGAUUGCCCCACUGGGUGGACGGAUUCUGUUCAAAAACUUUCGAUAUCACUCCAGGAAUCAGUCCAUCACCGUCCUUCACGGAUACAUCUCCUUUCGAUACUGGCUGUGGAAUGUUAGGACCGAGGAUGACCCUAUACCCGACGAUUCUGCUGGAACAAAGAACUCUGGAAUGGGUAUGCCAGACGAGGACAACUGCAGAAUCACUUGUAACCUCGUGGGACUUGAAUGGUUCAUGUACAACAGGACACCGGCAUACGACAUUCUGGCAACGACACUUGGACUGAACCCAGACUCAAUGCCACUCGAAACACCAGACGCGACCAAUCCCAGCGUGUCAUUGAAAAUGGGUAAUGACGAACAGGACGACUCGGAAGACAGCUGGUUCAGGAGAUGCUUGCCAGUCAAAGUUUCUUGCGAGACUGGCGCCAUUAUCAUGGGAAACGCUCACUUGCCUUCACUUUUGGUCGCUUCGUUUCCAUGGGCGCAUGGCAUGUAUUCAGCCACCAAGGCUCGAUCGGCAUUGGACAAGUACAAGACGGUCCUCUUGGUGACUUUUGAGACUCCUUCAAUCGACUUUCGGCCAAACGCGGAUUACAACACCACGAUUGUCGGACGGCAUAUGGGACAGGAUACCCCCAAUAUUUCACAGUUGCCACCUCGUCGCCCAACAAGAAUUCAAAAAUUGAUCAGACCAUUGAAGGACACAUGGACAAGGCACUUUGGAGUAUCGAGGCGCGUAGCUGAGGAGUGGCAUGGAUUACCUCGCUACAAUCAAAACAUAUCACUCGACAAUCUCAAGGGCAACAAGUUUCAGGAAUACGCCAUGGUUCGCAACAUUCUUCAGUGCAGUAGUCUUGGCCUCCGAUACUACACGGAUGUAGCAGGCAAGGUCCCUGAGCGAUCGCAGCAACCUGAGGCCGACAUUGAUCUUCCUCCGGAGUGGAGCAUUGAAUUGCUUAUUGACGAGGCGGUGAUAUCUUAUGGACCAUGGGCAGAUCGACAGCGCUCCGAGAUUCAGAACUUUUACUUUCCCAACUCUUUUCGGAGCGUCGAGGUCACACCAGAGCCUCAGCCUGGCGAAGACCGAAUCCAUGCGGCGCUGCAAAUGAUGGUUACUUUCAGUUCCGACUUCACCAUCAAGAUACCCACGCAAGAGAUCUCCAAGGAUUGGAAGUACAACGAUCCGGAGUUUCAGACUGUGCAAGGAGGAAAGUCGAUGAGACCAUUUGGAUGGCUUGAGAUGAAGGCGGAACGUGGCUCCUUGAUAUCAGUCGACAUUCCUAUGAUUUACGGUACGGAUGGAUACAAGAAUGUCGUGCUUGUCGAGCUCUACAACCUCGUCACCACCUCGAGUGUCAACUACGCCCAAGUUCUCAGUCUCAAAGAGCUAAAGAUGGUGUGUCAACUGCAGAAUCCCUUGAUCUGGAAUGCUCAAAGGAACUGGGACUUUGAGUUUACUAUGGACUCGUCCAACAUUUUUCUGCUCAGAGACCAUAUCACCCUCAUCCAGGAUUUGAGCAAAGACUGGACAUCAGGGCCUUCUGUCGACAUGGCCCACUUUGUGCCAUUCAAGUACGAGUUUGACAUCAAGCUCCCCAACUUCAAGCUGUACACCUAUGUCAACGAGCACAAUAUCAUCAACGAGCCUACGGAAACGGAUGAGAACGCGUUCAUCAUUGCAUCUGGAACGACUUUGGACCUGAAGGUCGUUCUUCCUUUCGUGCAAUACAAUCCCGAGAUCACAUCUAUCGAGUUUGAUGUCGAGAUUAGCAAUGGUAAGCUGGAAAUCCAGCUGCCACUUGCUCAUACACUCGGCGAGUUCUCAACCAAGGACGCAAAGGAGUUUGCCCUCAUUCCGUCAGUCGCCAUCAAAGGAGCUUACAAGUACUACGACUUUGUUGAUCCUAGUCAUAUCGAAUCUCUCAACUUGGAUGUCAAGGGUCACGGAGUGACAGUGAAGCUGUUCGGAAAUGUCAUUCGCUACGUGCUUAUUCUGAUGGACAACUAUGCAGGACUCUACCUCAACUUUGUCACGAUGGAGGAGUAUCGGAUGAAGCGAAGUGACGCACCAGGCACAGAGAGGACGGAAAUGAAGCAAGCCAAUGCUAAGCCUCCAAGUGAUCCCUUUGAAGUCUACGUCCAUUUCUUGACCACGGACACGACACUGAUCUUGCCUGAGAACCUGUACAGCUGCGACAACUACUCUGAGAUCACCUGCGCCGAGCUGCAGCUCGAUCUGAGGAACCUCGACAUCUACAUGGAUAUGGAUGUCAACAUUAGUCCGCUGACUUGGAGCAGGCAUGUCGCCAAGAAGCCAGGAAAAUUUGGGGCGAAACCAUCCCGAAGCGACCAGAACUUCCUGUAUAUCGAUGGAAUAUCGGUUUACGCGCAUCGUCUGUUUGGUCCAUUGCCCAAGACGACAACAUAUGUGGCGAAUUGGAACCUGGACAUUGGAUCGAUCUACGGACAGAUCAAGCCCUCCUUCCUUCUCGGAGUGACCUCGUUUGCCAAAGCAUUCGCCUACAACUUGAAGGACGGCGACAAUGCGUUUCCACUGGAGUAUGCGACCGUGACGCCUCCAGAUAUCACGUUUGUAGAUCUGACGGUCAAGGAGGUUGACGUGUCAAUCUGGGGCGAGGAUGUUGUCAGUCAAAUUCUCCUGAAAGACGGUGUGAUCGUUCACUUUGACGAUGUGAUUAACGAACGAUACAUGGGUCGUGUUGUCCUCAAGCUGCAGUCGCUUCUAGUCCGAUCGAUGGCAUUGACAGAGUCCAACAAGGAUACCAACACAGGAGAAGCCGAUCCAAUGCACCAUGAUCAAGCGCCAUGGGUGGAAAUCGCUAGUCUAAACUGUGCGUUCGAUAUCACUGUGUAUACAGGAUCGGGCGACUGGAGGAUGCGACGUGAAAAACAGCAAAACUUUGUCCGUGAGCAAGAUCGAGAAACUCUGAGAUGUCCUUACAUUUACGCCAGGAAAGGACACGCCGCUGAUCAAGUUAUCCCGCACCCCAACUUUAAAGGCAACCACUUUGGAACGUUGUAUGUUCCUCCUUUGACAUCAGAUCCUGCAGGGAGUGGAGGCUCUUCGUUCAUUGAGGUAGCAACCGACAAUGGGUCGGUGUACGAGUAUGCGUCCAACGCAAGUUCAUCCAGGGAGAGCCAGAGGGCAUCAAUACGCAGAUCGGCAUCCUCCUUCUCUAUUGGACGCUCCAGUGACGAUGACUCGGACAGUGACGCAAGUUCAGAGGAUUCACAACGGUGGCAAGACAUCGAUUCGGAAGACCUUGAUCCUCGGUACUCUAGCGACGACGGGGGUUCAGACGCCGAGUUUGAAUCACCUGAGAUGUUACAAGUGCCAACCGAACCAGAAAUCAAGAACUCGCCGUCGUUUCCUGUCAGGUCGAUCCCAUACAGCAGUUAUCUCAAGAGAUACUCUGUUUCAGCGUCGCAUUCGUCUCAUCAUAGAAACCCCUACAUGCCUCCGCCCAGGGUCUUGUUCUCCCAGUCCAAGACGGGCGAAAUUCUGGAGGAUAUUCCACGACACCAUCCUCACGCCAAUUUCGACGAUGCUUUUGGUGUCAAAACUCGGUACGAUGGCUUAGGAUCAUCUGCACAACCAAAAGGACAGGAGGUUUCGGACGAGAAGCGAACAACCCUAGUUAUCGAGGCUACUCAAGAUGUCAAGAUCCUGUUGACACCUAUCCUUCUCAAGAUCAUCCAAGAGUUUCUCGAGGCCAUCAACGCAGAGGAAUGGGAUCUGGAGACGAUGCUGGAUGUCACUCAGAUGGAAUACGUUGAGCUGUUGACAAGCAUGCAGCCCACCAAGCUUCACUCUCAGCAGUUUGUCAUCAACAUCCCUCGCAUCCACCUGCGGUUCAUUCAGGAUGUCAUGAUGCCAGACGCGUUGAACGGUGGAGACGACAUCAACAUGAUUAAGACGCGGUAUGAACUCUCGGGAGCAAACCUUUGCGCCAUUGAUAUUGUCCUGGACGAUGCGGCCAUCCUUGGAGCGGUCAAGCUUGAGGACGAGGAGUUUGAAAAGUUUGACGCCACUCGUAAGAUCCAUAUUGCCUCCUUCAAGGUGAUCGAGUCCAGGGCCAACGUCGACUUUACAAAGUUCAAGCUCAACGCCCGCUUCGUCUCGACAUCGACAGCAAGGCUCUUUGGAAUCCCUGAUGCGCGCCACCAGUUCUCCCGUCUCGGAAUCAAUCACCUGUCAUACCUGAAUGAGCCUGUGAUUGCUGAUAUCACCUUUGAGCACUUCAAGCUGAGACUCGUUCGCUCGUCCAACCCCAACUACUUCUCAGCCAACCUGGAGAAGUUUGCGGUCAUGUUUAUCAACCAGUCGGCUGAGAUUGUCGCAGGAUCGAUUUGUUCUUGGUUGACAUUCCUUAAGGAUCUCAAAACCAUCCUGAACCGGUUCCAGCUUCGACGCUCCAAGCAGUUGCAGACGCUCUUCUCAGAGAUUGCUCGGUUCUCGGCCCAGAAGGCAAUCAACACCGAUCCCGUGUUCCUGACCCGACCCUCGGCGACCCUUCGACUGGGAACCUUGAUUUACCGCAAUGACGACGGCUGGAAACUGUUGGGACACAUUCGCCACUGCAUGGGUCUCAUGCCUGCUUCUCUACGAGACACUCUCCAGGAGGCUCUCAAAAAGCCAGAGCUAGAGGCGUUCAGUUCCGACAUUAUGUAUGACAUUGUCAUUGAUGCGUUUUCCAACUGGAGGAGCUGGGAGAUGGACGAUCUCAGGAAGUGCCGACUGUUCACCGAUGUGUUUGAGAGGAAGCCUUUGCCGAAUCUAUCGAACGCGACCCCCAAGAAGGAGGCUGUCCUCUACGAGAUUUUGCGCUUCUCUUCCAAUUCGAUCCAGCUGAGCCUAGGAGAGCUCGAGGCCGCGAUCUACGACGAGCAGAUGGAGAACAAAAUGAAAGUGUAUGGGCUGGAGUUUAUUUUCGAGUCGAGGUACAAGCAGGAUGCCCUCCCUCAGACUGGGCUGUUCCCAGGACAGCCUGUUUCUGCAGAGUCGAGUCGUCUCACGACGGGAUACUUAGAUAUUGCCGUCAAAACUGGAUUCAAGACGGCCGAGAUCGAUAUCAACCCUGUCAUUAUCGCCUUCACUCGACAUAUCCUCAGGAUCGAGCGCAUUUUUGCGACCCAGUUCAACAAGAUUCUCGAGCCCGUGGUUGACAAACGACAGGCAGAGGUCCGCAAGGUCAUCGAGAGUCCAUCGUCCCCGCGCCAGUCGUUACAACUGACUCGCGAAGCUCUCAAUGCCGCGAAGCCAGUAGAGGAACCAACCAUCUUGGAGGUCAUUGAUAGAUUCGACAUCGUUUUCAACGGCAUGGCUGUUGUUGAAACCAUCCGCAUCACUUUGACCGCCCACAAUUUGACUGCCCAGGUCAUUGUCUCACAGAUCCAGAUUUCAGCCCUCAAUUUUGCCAAGCAACGGUCAUAUCCAAACCAGGAUAUCGAGGGCAUCUCGGUGGCGAAGAGCUCAGGAUCGAAUCCUGAUGGAUCAGCGGCUGUCAGGUCUGGCAUCAACAAAUUGAUUGCUUCAGUGGCGACCAACAUCAACAGCAUCAACUCGUCCCUCAAAGAACGUAUCUACUCCAAAGACAGUGCGACGUCAGCGCCCACCAAAGAGCUUUUGACAUUCGGCAUCACCGGCAUCAACUCCGAGGCGACCCUCAGUCAGUUCACACCGGUCAAGCGUCCCAAGCAAACAAAGGCCAGCGUCCCACGCGAGGUCAUCAACCUCCUUGUCACGUUCAAGCAGGUCACCUUUGCCCUUCCUCGCAGCAUUCUGAAACUGUACCUCUUUGCCAAGGACUGGCGAGAGGAGAACAUGCAGAGUUUCGACUUUUUGUUCCAGGGCGUCAUGAACGAGUGGGAGGCUGAUCGCAAGCAGCAACCCAAGAUUGUUGCCCCAACUGUCCCACGUGAACUAAAGGUCCAGGUCGUCCUCAAGUCAUUAACACUCGAGUCGCAGAUGCUGCCGUCGCUCCUUUUCCAAUAUGAGGCCGGAGAUUUGAUGUUUAUGCUCCAUGACAUUCCACCAGGCUUGCCGUUCUCCACACCACAACUCACCUACACGGCCCAACUGCUCCGACAAUCUGUGGACUUUAUCGCCAACCAACCUAAGACUAAGGGCGCAGAAAAGUCGAGGCUCAUGGAGGAUAAGCACGCAGCCAGCUUCUCCCUUCCAGUCAUUCGCGCCUCAGGAAGGGUGAUGAAUGUCAUCGAUUCGGCCGCCCCGGCGAGGAACAGACGGUCUUCGAUUACUGCCUUGGCCCGCGGAUCUCGCCACCCCAAGAAGCUCGAGUCGUCGGUCUCCUUCGAUUUUGUGGAGAUGACACUGAACGUCAACAUGCUGGACCAUAUUCUGACGGCGCAGUCGCUUCUGGGUGCAGAGUUGAACGAGCUGAUUGAUAUUCUCGGAAAGGGAGGCAAUGCUGCGACUACGUCCGCUUCCCCAACGGUUGCUCCCGUAUCCAGCCCCUCUGCUCUACUCUACUCCGUCAAGGUGUCUCUGGUCGGGCUCAGUAUCGCAGCUAUAAGUCCCUCGGCGGUUCUCUACUUCGAGUCGGACUUGCUCAAGGGUGUCAUAACCAACAACCCCAACCCGGCCCCUGUGCCGCCUUUCCCCACCGAUAUUGUCCGGAGCAGACUGGCUUGGCGUCUCUAUGCCCAGAGUAUCACCCUUUCCUUGAACCACCACAUUGGCAACAUUCGCCUCGGAUCGCGCGCAGAAGACAUUCGCGCCCGGAAGCUUCGACUCGCGUACAUCACGAUCAACCUGAACGUUCAAAACUUCAGUCCCAACACGUCCGACAAGACUCGAUUUGCCGAAAGCUCGGUCAGCUCCUUCUAUGUUAGCCUCUUGAAAGUCCAUGCUUUGAUGCAACCCCAGUCAGUCAGCAGGAUCAUCGGCAUGUACUCUUAUUACACGCACGAGCUGGAGAGGCGCAAGGAACUCAAGGCGACGGAUAUGACCAAGCUGGCGGAUAACACCAAGAGGAUUAUCAAGUCUCUAGAUGUAGAAGUCCCUGCCUACAAGGACAACGCCCGUUCGAUGCUGGAGGCCACAGAGAUCUUCUUGACUAUUGACGAUGUGGCCGUGGCGAUUCCACUUGACCGACGUGAGGACAUCAUGGAUAGCAGCGAGAGACUGGUUGAGGCGUUCCUGAUCUCGGCUACCUCCAUUUCAGUCCUGACCAAGAGUGGUGAGACUUCUUCGGGAACACUCAGUCACCUGUGCGCACAGUUCGUUCCACGGUUCGAUCAGAGCAAAGACGACCAUUUCAGGUCUCGCAGCCACCCCAAGAUGAACCGCUUGUCGUUCCCCAACAUCUCCUGUCAGGUCGAGGCAAGUAAGGAUUCACCGGGUCACCAAAAGAUCGCGUCCAAGGCAUCUGUCUCAGGUUUCGAGCUGGAUAUCGACCCCACCAUUGUUCGGUACAUCAACACACUCACCGAUGUCUACGACAACAGUAAGGACCUGGUAAUCUCCUUGAAUGUCGAGCAAGCAGCCACAGUCUCGGCGACCAACAAAUUCGACGGUGUCUCUUCUACUUCGACUCCCAAAAGCGAGCUCCCGACGCCUCAAUUGUCAUCCAACGUCAUUUGGAAGAUCGAGAACACCUUCACGUGCAGUAACAGCGUUUGUCGCUUCUACCCCAAGAGCUAUAUCGCCAAGCUGCCCAAGGCUUCCAAGUUUUCGGAAUCAGAGUCCAACUUUGCACAUGUUGGUGCGGAGGUAUCCGGUGUGGAUCGGUUUGUCAUUCCAGGACUGUCGCUCUGGACGACUCUUCGUAUACCUCUUGGAGACAACCUGGCCGAAUUACAAGCAGCAGGACCUCCAAGGAUUCACGCCGAGGUGAACAUUCAUUCGUGCGAGAACACGUUCUACCCGUCGCUGGUGCCGUUCUUCCAAGACAUUGUCACUGGCCUCAAGGUCGGCAUCCGACGACAGCGCCAAUACUCUGACACCGAGACUGUCGUUACGCCUGCCGGUCCUUCAUCUCAUGGAAAGGAAGGCAGCAUGACUUUGGUCUCAACAUCGAAUUCGGGACCUGAUGGCACCCUUCAGCAUGUCACAGGGAAGAGACAAGAGCUGGCGGUUACGCUGUACCUGUUUAUCGAAAAGACCAAAAUCGAGUUCAACUGCCAGCCCAUGGCCAAAGUGAUGUCGGUGCUAGCGUUCGAGCAGGGCAACAUUUUGAUGAGCUACAGUUCGGACCAUUCAGGCAACAACUCGAGCACGAUCGCUGGAACCUUCGAGGGAGCUUCCUCGGACACCCAUCACAUCUUUUCUCAGGACAAGGGACUCAAGCUGGAGGCCAAGGGCAUGAUAUUUAACGCCGUUGCGGAAACCAAGCGUCAGGCGGAUGUCAACAAGAAGACGCUAUCGGUCACAAUCGAUUUCGGGCAGAUUGGCUGCGACUUUGAUAUGCGUCAAGCCGAGAUCUUGGUGCUUAUGAAGAUGAUUUGGAUGGAUCAGGCCAACUACCUGAUUCGUGAUAGUUUGACGGUUAGUCGCUCGACUUCCAGCACCCAUGGAUUCGAGCCCUUGAUUUCCUCGCAGUCUGCACAUGAAGGGCGGAUACCAUCCAUUGGCGCUGGAGGACCGCUCGUGCCUGGCAAGAGAGAGUCUAGCUUUCUGGGCUACAAUGUUUUUGUGGUGGCGCGACUUCAGCAGAUGCGGAUUGCUGGAGACCUAGGCUCGCAGAUCGGCAAGAUGGACUUCAAGCUGGACGAGGUCCGAUUGCGCACCAAGCUUCGGCCCUUCCAUCCACGAUCGGCGUCCAUCACGACUGGCCCUCUCGAUAUCCAGUUCUUAGCCAUGGGACGGGGUUGGUUGGAGGGCUAUCUUGUGCUCGAAGGAGUGACCGUGCAGACUCUCUCCAAGGUCAAUCGACACCAGACGUUCCCUUGCUCGAUCAUGGAGGUUGUGGUCCAGACUAACAAGAUCACAUCGAUGUUGACGUACGAUUACAAGAAGUUCUUUAUUCUGGCGGUCGGACCUGCUCGGGUGGUGCUUCAGGAUCAUUGGAAAGGACCCAACCUCGAACAAGAUGUCUCGCAAGCCAUCAUUGCUCAUCUUCAAGGACUCCGACUGUUGGCGGGCGCAAAGACUGUCCCAGUUUUCAAGACACUGUUGUCGCGUAUGACGAAUAUGCUGGAACAAAAGUUGUCUGCCGCCAAGGAGGAGCUUCGGAAGCCAUUGCUCACACCCGCGAGUCUGCAACCGGAUAUGCCACAACUGAGACGGUCUGCCUCUCAGGCGAGUGGAGUAAGCGUGGCGAGUCUCGCCAGGGGACCAGCAUGGUUUGGGGUUGGAUUUGUCCAGAUCUCGUUUGGCAACUUGGAUCUUUCGUUCUUCCCGUACUUCCUGUCUGACAAGGAGUGUACCCACGCGAGCAUCCAGGGCUUCAAGGUCAGGAUGGACCGGGACCUUAUCAUCAACGAGGGCAUCCUCAAGCCGAUCAUCCAUCGACUGACGACAAUCAAUCUGGCAUUGCUGAGUCUUCAAAAGUACACGCUGCAGGUUGUGGACCAGAAUGCUGUCAACGCUCUGACGCUCGAGCAGUGGUUUGAGCGUAUCCGUAACCCAGGCUCGACCACGAUCGCCAAGCUGCCCGUGACCAGCCAGUUGAUGGAGUCGUGGCAGGAGAUGGACAGUCUGGUGAUUGAGCACAAUUGCAAGACGGCGUUCGCGGGUCUGAUCGACAUUGCAACGGACUAUCGACUCUUCCGAGGUGUCGAGAAGAACUUCCAGCGGUUCUUGGAGGAGCUCAGCAUCAGGAACUACAAGGAUCUUCGCAGCCUGGAGGGCUCUGGAGCGGUGCCCAGUGCUGCAGGAGGUGUUGUGUCGAGCGAUGGCCCUGUAGAUGGGGUCGCCGUAGGAUCGGCGUUGGAUCUGGUUGGAGGUGGAGGACAGCCCAUGUCGAGACUCAACAGUCAGGAUCCAUCGUCGUUGAUAACUGCCGCGGCAAACCCAGAUUCGGCUGCCGUCCCCAAUAUACUGAUCGAUGGAGCCGUCAAGGAUACGGGAGUCGGAGCUAGAGUGUUACCGUCCAAAUCGGAUGCUUCCCCGACCGGAUCGCCCUCCUCGCCCAUUCCUACGCAAAACGAUUCUGUGGGAGCAACGGUGGCAGCAGACGGAUCGGGAUCGGGAUCUGGAUCAAACUCGGUGUUGUCGUCUACGUCCUUGGUGCCUACUGUCUCGUCGUUGACAACACCAGCACUGCCGAUCGAUCUCGAAACUGGAUUGCCCAUAGUGCCCCUUACCAAAGUCCUCAGCAAUACCAGCGCAACUGGCUCCACAGUCAACGGCACUUCUUCGGCGCCCAACGGUGAUGGCAGCAACAAUGACGAGGAGUCAGGACCCAAGUUUAUUUUCCAGUCACGAGAGCAGAUUGUGUUCAAGCCUACGUUGGAUAUCUUGCCCAACACGCCGUUGCCAUUGGGUCACCUUGGAUUCAAGAAAGAGGACAUCCCGCCGAUUGUGCAUAUUGUGACGACGGGUCUUGAAACGGGUCUGUUGAUGGUGGUUGAGUUCCAUGAGAAGAAGGUUGGGAUGGCGGGGUUGCAUGAUCUCUGGGAGGGGAGGGUUAUUAUGGACGAUGAGGAUCAAUCGUGA